GCGGUCACUGCGGGUUCACUCGCUGCACGAUGGCGGAGGGAGGCGGACCCGAGUCGGGUAACGCUUCGGACCCUGAUGAGAAGCCGGCGAUCACGCAGACACCCGUACCGUCCACUGAAAACCAAAAGCAGAGUAUAGGGACGCUAUUGAAGACGCCACUGAGAAAGGGAGACGAAUGGUAUUUGAUUGACAGCCGGUGGUUUAAACAGUGGAAGAAAUAUGUGGGCUUUGACAGCUGGGAUAUGUACAAUGUUGGAGAGCACAAUCUGUACCCGGGACCCAUUGACAACUCGGGGCUCUUUUCAGAUUCAAAAUCCCAGACGCUUAAAGAUCAUCUUAUAGAUGAGUUAGACUAUGUGCUGGUGCCUACGGAGGCCUGGAAUAAGCUGGUCAGCUGGUAUGGCUGUUUGGAGGGUCAGAAGCCCAUCAUCAGAAAGGUUGUUGAACAUGGGAUGUUUGUGAAGCACUGUAAAGUGGAGGUGUAUUUGCUCGAGUUGAACUUGUGUGAAAAUGACAACAUGGAUAAAGUAGUCACCCGCCAUUUCAGCAAAGCGGACACUAUAGAUACUAUUGAAAAAGAGAUGAGGAGAUUAUUUGACAUCCCGUCAGAAAAGGAAACCCGACUCUGGAAUAAAUAUAUGAGCAACACAUAUGAACAGCUUAACAAGUUGGACAGCACCGUACAGGACGCAGGGCUUUUUCAAGGACAGGUGCUUGUUAUUGAGAAGAAGAAUGAGGAUGGCACGUGGCCAAGACAGAGCUGCCAUUCCAAGUCCAGUACUUCCACCUCUCGGAAUUAUACAACUUCCCCAAAACUCUCCUCCAAUUCAUCCGCCACCAUUUCCUCCACGAUAACAAAUGGAGAUAGCAAUAGCAACUCUAGCUACACGCUAAACAACAGUUCCUCUGGUAACAGGUUGGGUGGUUACUCCUACAGCUCCUCCUACAAUUACAGAGAAUCGGCCGCUCAACCAGGCCUAUGUGGUUUAAGUAACCUGGGCAACACCUGCUUCAUGAACUCUGCUCUACAGUGUCUGAGCAACACUCCCCCACUCACAGAAUAUUUCCUGGAGGACCGAUACGAAGCAGAGAUCAACCGGGAAAAUCCGUUAGGGAUGCGAGGGGAGAUCGCAGAGGCUUAUGCGGAUCUGGUCAAACAGAUGUGGCUUAGUCGAACCAGUUACGUGGCUCCCCGCACUUUUAAAACCCAAGUGGGUCGAUUUGCCCCGCAGUUCUCAGGGUACCAGCAACAAGACUCUCAGGAGUUGCUGGCCUUUUUGCUGGACGGCCUACAUGAGGACCUUAACCGUGUUAAGAAGAAACCUUACCUGGCCCUGAGAGAUGCUGAGGGACGGCCUGAUGAGAUCGUAGCCAAGGAAGCAUGGGCGAACCACAGGUUGCGGAACGAUUCCAUAAUCGUGGACAUCUUCCACGGCUUGUUCAAAUCAACGCUGGUUUGCCCAGAGUGCUCCAAAAUUUCUGUUACGUUUGACCCCUUCUGCUACCUCACACUACCCCUGCCACUGAAAAAAGAUCGCACUAUGGAGGUGUUCUUGGUCCGAACUGACCCCCAGUCCAGAGCUAUGAAAUAUCGUGUCGUGGUUCCAAAAAUGGGUGUGGUGACAGAUCUGUGCAGCGCUUUGGCCAAACUAUCUGGAGUUCCUUCAGAGAAUAUGGUUGUGGCAGAUGUUUACAAUCACAGGUUCCAUAAAAUCUACAAACGGGAUGAUGGCCUGAGUCACAUUAUGGAGAAGGACGACAUAUUUGUUUAUGAGGUAUUAGAGGAGGACAGCGAGAAGAUGAAUCUACCCGUGUACUUUAGAGAGAGGCACUCCAAGCACAGCGGAGGCUCAUCCGGCACAAUGCUCUUCGGCCAACCUCUCCUCAUCACCGUCCCACGGCACAACCUCACCGUGGACACCCUCUACGAGCGUGUGCUGGAGAGGAUCGGGCGUUACGUUAAGCGGUCGGAGGGAACUAUUACGGAUAGUAGGGCGCCUGCCUCAGCCACUUCCUCCAGCAGCAGCCAAUCACCAGAAUGCGUCGCUUCGGUGUCCAGUCACAGCACAGCACUGAGUGGCUGCAGCAGCCCGGCGUCUGAAGGCGCUUCAUGCAGCGCCGGAUCAAACGGCAGCAAUCACUCUGGAACCUGUAACGGUCCUAAUGGAGUUUGUGAUGGUGAUGAGGAAGCCAUGGACCAUCAGGAGAGUCCCGAACCUGAGAAUAGCCACUCAGACACUGUGGACGGUGAGGAGGACUCUGAACCAGAGAACGGACCCAAUAGCAGUAGUGGAAAAUCUUCCUCUUCCAGGCCUAAGCUCUUCUCUUUCAGCAUGGUCAACUCGUACGGAACAGCCAACAUCAGCUCUCUGCCUUUUGAUGGCAAUCUGCUUAAACUCACAUCGCAUUCAACAGUGGCCAUUGAUUGGGACUCUGAUGUCAAGAAACUGUGCUAUGAUGAUGAGGAAGCUGAGGCAUAUGACAAACAUGAGAGCAUGCUGCACGCCCAGAAGAAGAAGACCACAGUAGCUUUACGAGAAUGCAUCGAGCUCUUUACCACAAUGGAGACUUUAGGAGAACAUGACCCCUGGUACUGCCCUACGUGUAGGAAACACCAGCAGGCCACUAAGAAGUUUGACCUGUGGUCUCUCCCGCGCAUUCUGGUCGUGCAUCUGAAGAGGUUCUCAUACAACCGCUGCUGGAGAGACAAACUCGACACUGUUGUGAACUUUCCCAUUAGGGACUUGAACAUGUCAGAGUUUGUUUGCGACCCCAAAGCUGAUCCGUACGUCUAUGACCUCAUUGCUGUUUCCAACCAUUAUGGAGGAAUGGGGGGAGGCCAUUACACGGCAUAUGGCAAGAACAAAAUGGAUGGAAAAUGGUAUUACUUUGAUGACAGUAGUGUUUCUUCUGCUACAGAGGAUCAGAUUGUGACUAAAGCAGCGUACGUCCUCUUUUACCAACGCAGAGAUGCGGACACACCAUCCAAAUCCACCCCCUCUGCAUCACUAGGCGGAGCUCCAGAGACCCUGGAUGACCACAUGGACACCAAUUGAGUUUCUUUAGUCUUUUAAAAACAGGCACUGAAACAAAAACUACAUAAACCAACAAUACAUCAACGCACAUCCGUGGCUACUUCAGUGACUAUUAAAGGCUCACGAACAGGCCCUUUGUUUUAGCUUUAUUUUAAUUUUCUUUCACACAUGCAUCUUUAUCCAGAGCCAAAAAAGAAUAUUAAUAAUAAAGAGAAUUUUAGUUUGAUGCGUGACAUGAAAGACUUCAUUCUUGGACCUUGAUGCCUGCUGAUAAUUUCUUUAGUUGAGGGUAAAACGGCAAUAUAACCUCUUCGUUGGACGACAUGAAUGUUAGUUGAAGUUUUACAUAGAUCAGGAGAGGGGAAAUGCCCAGAAAUAGACCCUGUAUGCAACAUUACACCCAUCUGAAGUGUUUCGAUUUUGCCUUUUCCCCACUUACGUCGGACUUUAGCUAUCAGCAUCUUGUAACGUGCCUCCUGUGAAGAAUAGAUUCUCUGUGUAUGAAUGCUUCUAAGCCUGUGGUGAUGAUAAGCACAGAGAUUCUCUUGGAGAAGCUUGCGCUUUUAUAUUAAGUAUUGUCAACAUAUUUCGUUUAUCCUAUCACAAACCACUCUGUUGACAUAAAUAUGCCAUGCAAGAGGGCGUUGGCCUGAAAUAUUUAACUCUGACUAUACAGAUGCCACAAACUGUUAUGGUGACAUUACAGUGUGCUCCAAACUUGUAAAAAAAUGGGUUUGCGUGUGUGUAGAUACUCUUUUGAAAAUGAUAGGUAGUGGACAUUAUUGUAAUGUUCAUACAUUUACUGCACUGGUAAAAGGCUUUUAAUCGAAAAUGCAGUUCUAAAGUAUCCUAUUUAUGAUUGGAUGAUUUGUGAUUAAAUGUUAAAUUUGACAAGUUUUUUUUUAUUUUUUUGGAAUGUCCUUGGCUUCAAACCAGCCAGAGGAAUAUCAAGCCAAACAUGGUGCUAAAUUAGUGACACUUGAACACCAACAUGAAAACAGUGGCUUGUUGGUUUAAAUAAAAACCUCCUUAAUAACAGUGUUUAUAACAUGCACACUGGCACAUUUACCAUGUGAUUGGUUCUCACAUUAUGGUUAUCAUAUGGCUUUAGCAAAGCUCAAGAGUCAAAACGAUGUUUGUAAUGCUUUGCUAUUAGAAGCAUAAUACAGUUUUGUCUAUUACUCAAGAACUUUUUGUUGCAAAAUGAUAACCGGAUGAUUGUCCCAUUGUUUACCUUUCCAUGGUAUUAGCAGUCACUGAUUGAUUGGUAAAUGCACUGUUGUUAUUUAUGGCAAUGAUGAAUUUAUGAUCCAGCGAUAGUAAAUUAAAAUACAAAUACCGAUCAAUUUUAAUGGCACCUUCCUAAACCUUAUUUAUAAGAAACAUCAAUUUGAACAUUUUUGGUUUCAUAGAAAUUUCUUGCAUAGAUGUACAUGAUCAUAAUCUGGGGCACAGUACAUAGCUGCUUUGUGUUCUGAUAUUUAUCAUGCCAAGAUUUGCAACGCCAGAUUUUGAUUAAGCUUAUUUGAAUUAAAAAUAUAAUAAAAUGUGGAAGCCUGAUUCUA